AUGUUUGGUUUUCUGUUUGGAUGGAGAAAGGCUUCAAAGUGCAAGAGAGUGUUGAAACAGCUUCAGCGUCGUCUCAAGCUUCUCAAGAACAAGAAACACGUCAUUUCUUCACACUUACGACACGACAUAGUCCAGUUACUCCGCAUUGGUGAACGAGACCGUGCUCUACGUCGGGCUCAUGAUCUCUACCUUGAUGAGAAUCUCAUGUCUCUCUACCACUUGCUUCUCCAAUUCUCUGACUACAUCCUCUUCAACCUCUCUUACAUUAAAAGGCAUAGAGAAGUUUCUGAUGGCGUCAACGAAGCGGUUUCAACGCUUAUAUUUGCUUCUGCGAGGUGUGGUGACUUGCCUGAGCUAAGGACCUUGAGGAUUCUUUUUGGAGAGAGGUAUGGGCAAAACUUUGUGUCAACUGCUCUACAUCUUUUGCCUGGAAACCAUGUCAACUCUCAGAUUAUAGAAAAACUCUCAAGAAUCUUAGUAUCUGAUGAUGCUAAGUCCAAGUUAGUGGCUGAGAUAGCAGCAGAGUUCGGCCUUCCUCUACAAGUUUUAGCACUCGAAAACACUCCCAAAAUAACCUCUACUCAGGAGGAUGAAAGUGAAGCAGAAGUGUAUAAGUUGGAUUUAGAGGGAAAACAAGAAGAGAGUGGUGGUAAUAAAGCAUCAAGGGGUGAAAGAAAAGUAUGUGAUAAGGAUGAUUGCAUAGAGGAGCAAGUGGUGGGAAAAGAUCAGAGGAUAUUCAUAUUCAGAGAGACUAAAGAAGAGACAAGAGAAAGAAAGAGAUCAAGGAGGAAAUCAAGAACAGCAUCAAGCAGUCCAAUGGCCAAAGACGUGGAAUGUUGGAAGUAUUACUACAAGAAGGGAAAUAAAAGGCGUCAAAAGAAAGAGAGUAGUGGUCAGUGUUACCAUAUAGUGUACAACGUGUUUACAACAAUGUGGCCUGAUCAAAAGGAAAAAGGACAAGGAGAAAGUGGUUUAAAGGAAGUUAAGCAUGUUCAUCCUAAGCUUCCUGACUAUGAUCAGCUUGCUGCUCAGUUUACUGCCCUUAGGAACCAACACCAACAACAGGUGCCUUGA